AUGUCUCAAUCUUUACAAGAACGGACUCUUCCUUUUGGAAAGAUCGAACCUAACUCGACCAAAUAUUUCCUCAGUUGCGCACUCGGCGGAGUCAUCGGUAUUGCCUCUCUUUUGUUAUUUUACGAAAUUCUCACUCUUCCUAUAGGACCGACUCAUACUGCUGUAACACCGCUUGAUCUGGUAAAAUGCCGUCGCCAGGUUGAUCCCAAGAUCUAUACCUCAAACGUCCAAGCAUGGCGCUCAAUUAUUGCCAAGGAGGGUGUAAAGGGCAUCUUCUUCGGUUGGUCGCCCACCUUCCUUGGCUACUCUUUCCAGGGUGCCGGCAAGUAUGGUCUAUACGAGUACUUCAAGUACCUAUACGGAAACCAGCUGUUCCCACAAGGCAAUCAAACUCUCGUCUUCCUAGGAGCCAGUGCCUCAGCUGAAUUUUUCGCCGAUAUGGCUCUGUGUCCAAUGGAGGCGAUCAAGGUUCGCAUGCAGACAACUCUUCCUCCCUUUGCCAACAACCUCCGUCAAGGCUGGAGUCGCGUCGUGGCUAAGGAAGGUCUCGGUGGUCUAUAUAAGGGUCUUUACCCGCUGUGGGCCCGCCAGAUCCCUUACACUAUGACUAAGUUUGCCACCUUCGAGGAGACUGUCAAGCAGAUUUACAAGAUUAUUGGUAAGCCCAAAGAGGAGUUGAGCCAGAUCUCUCAGACUGGAGUCAGUUUCCUUGGUGGAUACAUUGCUGGUAUCUUCUGUGCCAUUGUCAGCCACCCUGCCGAUGUUAUGGUGAGCAAACUGAAUGCUGAUCGUAAAGCUGGUGAAGGUGCUUUAACUGCUACCUCGAGAAUCUAUGGUAAAAUUGGGUUCUCUGGUUUGUGGAAUGGCCUACCUGUCCGAAUUCUAAUGCUUGGAACACUUACUGGAUUCCAAUGGCUCAUCUAUGAUUCUUUCAAGGUGUUCUUGGGUCUUCCCACCACUGGUGGACAUUAA